AUGACAAAGACAACGGUUAUUGCUAAAGUGAACAAUGUAGAUAGAAGUCAGUGUGCUCAUCUAUAUUGGGCAGUGCAAUUGUGCGGCUAGAUUAGCAUUGCUAAUGUGUAGCUAGGGAGUUCACACUUUGAUUUCUCUGGACUACAAUGCCUCGUCUGUGAUUUAGCGUCAGUCACUCAAAGUUACUCUGCUAGAUUAACCAGCCGUUUAUACACCACUUUGCGACCUGUGUGGAUUCAUUUAAAACGGGUGCCCAUGUGCUGGUUCCUUAGGCCCAUCCAUUACUGCAGAUGAAUCUUCAGCUGCUUUGGUGUAGCUCAGCACCCAGAUAGUCCCAUCCCCUUUGAGUGGGUGACAAGGGACUACAUUAACCAGGAUGCCUUCCUCUGUAAGGGCAGGGAGCCUGAAGGAUCCGGAUGUGGCUGAGCUUUUCUUCAAAGAAGACCCAGAGAAGCUUUUCUCUGACCUCCGAGAGAUCGGCCAUGGCAGCUUUGGUGCUGUCUACUUUGCACGGGAUGUACGCACAAAUGAGGUGGUGGCAAUUAAAAAGAUGUCCUACAGUGGCAAACAGUCUAAUGAGAAAUGGCAGGAUAUUAUAAAGGAGGUAAAGUUUCUCCAGAGGAUCCGGCACCCCAACAGUAUAGAAUACAAAGGUUGUUACCUCCGAGAGCACACAGCAUGGCUUGUGAUGGAGUACUGUCUCGGCUCAGCCUCCGAUCUGCUAGAAGUUCAUAAAAAACCUUUACAAGAAGUAGAGAUUGCUGCAAUUACACAUGGUGCUCUGCAAGGGCUGGCCUACCUUCAUUCCCACAAUAUGAUCCACAGGGACGUGAAGGCCGGUAACAUUCUGCUGACUGAGCCUGGGCUGGUCAAACUGGCAGACUUUGGCUCUGCCUCCAUUGCCUCACCUGCCAAUUCCUUUGUGGGAACGCCAUAUUGGAUGGCCCCAGAGGUCAUUCUAGCUAUGGACGAGGGCCAGUAUGAUGGGAAGGUGGACAUCUGGUCCUUAGGGAUCACCUGUAUAGAAUUGGCGGAGAGGAAGCCUCCCUUGUUUAACAUGAAUGCAAUGAGUGCCUUAUACCACAUAGCGCAAAAUGAGAGCCCCACACUGCAAUCCAGUGAAUGGACGGAUUACUUUAGAAACUUUAUUGAUUCUUGCCUUCAGAAAAUCCCCCAGGACAGACCACACUCUGACGAUAUGCUGGGUCAUGCGUUUCUGCAGCGUGAACGUCCCGACUCAGUGCUCAUGGAUCUUAUUCAAAGGACCAAGGAUGCAGUGCGGGAGCUUGACAACCUGCAGUAUCGCAAGAUGAAGAAGAUCCUCCUUCAGGAGGCCCACAACGGACCCACAGCAGAAGCCCAGGAUGGAGACGAGGAGCUGGAGCCGAGCGGAGGUCGGACAGGAACGGUGAACAGCGUCGGCAGUAAUCAGUCCAUUCCCAGCAUGUCCAUCAGCGCCAGCUCCCAGAGCAGCUCUGUCAACAGUCUGAACGAAGCGGCCCAGGACAGCCGCAGUGAGCUGGAACUGAUGGAGGGAGACCACACCGUCAUGUCCAACAGCUCCGUCAUACACCUCAAACCGGAAGAAGAGGAGAGUUUCUCUGGGGAGCAGGCAGCCAGCAGCGAACCCUCUGAGCCCCAACCAACACCAGCUCAGCCCCCGAGGAAGCACUACCGCAACAGAGAGCACUUCGCCACCAUACGCACAGCGUCACUCGUGACCCGUGAGAUGCAGGAACACGAGCAGGACUCGGAGCUGCGGGAGCAGAUGUCUGGAUACAAACGCAUGAGGAGGCAACAUCAGAAGCACCUGAUGGGCCUGGAGAACAAGCUGAAAGGGGAGAUGGAUGAGCACAGGCUGAGGCUGGACAAAGAGCUGGAGAGCCAGAGGAACAACUUCACCCAGGAAAUGGAGAAGCUGCUCAAAAAACACCAGACGGCCCUGGACAAAGACCUAAAGACGUUUACCAACGACGAGAAGAAGUUCCAGCAGCACAUCCAGGUGCAGCAAAAGAAGGAGCUCAGCAGCUUCCUGGAGUCACAGAAGCGGGAGUAUAAACUGCGCAAGGAGCAGCUCAAAGAGGAACUGAGCGAGAACCAGUCGACUCCUAAGAAAGAGAAGCAGGAGUGGCUGUCCAAGCAGAAAGAGAACAUCCAGCACUUCCAGGCGGAGGAGGAGGCCAACCUGCUGAGGAGACAGAGGCAGUACCUGGAGCUAGAGUGCCGGCGGUUCAAACGUAGGAUCCUCAUCGCCAGACACAAUGUGGAGCAGGAUCUUGCUAGAGAGGAGCUGAACAAACGGCAGACACAGAAGGACCUGGAGCACGCCAUGCUGCUCAGACAUCACGAGUCGAUGCAAGAGCUGGAGUUCAGGCAUCUGGGGACGAUUCAGAGGGCGCGGGCAGAGCUGAUCCGGACCCAGCACCAGACAGAGCUCACCAACCAGCUGGAAUACAAUAAGAGAAGGGAGAGGGAGCUGAGGCGCAAGCAUGUCAUGGAGGUCCGGCAGCAGCCCAAGAGCCUUAAGUCUAAGGAGCUUCAAAUUAAAAAGCAGUUCCAGGACACUUGUAAAACCCAGACCAGGCAGUACAAGGCCCUCCGGAACCAUCUGCUGGAGACCACGCCUAAGGCUGAUCACAAGGCCGUGCUCAAGAGGCUGAAGGAGGAGCAGACCAGGAAGCUGGCCAUCCUGGCUGAGCAGUACGACCACUCCAUUAAUGAAAUGCUCUCUACACAAGCUCUGCGGUUAGAUGAAGCUCAAGAGGGGGAAUGUCAGGUUUUAAGGAUGCAGCUGCAGCAGGAGCUGGAGCUGCUCAACGCCUACCAGAGCAAGAUCAAGAUGCAAACGGACGCUCAGCACGACAAGGAGAGGAGGGAGCUGGAGCAGAGGGUCUCUCUGCGGAGGGCUCUGCUGGAGCAGAAAAUUGAGGAGGAAAUGCUUGCGCUGCAGAACGAGCGCCUGGAGCGAAUCCGCUCACUGCUGGAACGCCAGGCCCGAGAGAUCGAGGCUUUUGACUCGGAGUCGAUGCGGCUGGGCUUCAGCAACAUGGUGCUCACUAACCUGGCUCCCGAUUCCCAGGGAGGCUGGGGGGGAGGAGGUGGAGGUGGCCAGGGGGCUCAGGGUGGAGGCCACUGGCUUGGUGGAGGAGGCGCCCACCAUAGUCAUCACCACCAGGGGGGCUCCAGCUCACAGCAGCCCUGGGGUCACCCCAUGCUGGCUGGGGGCCCGCCACCCUGGAGCCUCCACCACCCUGGAGGAGGGAAUCAGAGGGGUAGCGCGGGAGGCGCAGGAGGGGUGAGGAACAGCCCUCAGGCUAUGAGGAGGACGCCAUCGGGGGGGAGAAAUGAACAGGGCAUGAGCAGGAGCGCCAGCAUCACCUCUCAGAUCUCCAACGGAUCCCACCUGUCAUACACUUAGAACCCAAACACACACAAGCAACACGAUAAUUGUUUUAAAGUCAAAUUCUUGUGCGCCAAGGUGACGCUACACAGACACACACCAUGCAUGCACCACACAUGCUAAACAUACACUUUUUUUUGCCACAGUCCAUCUAACACACGCUGCACAGUGCUAAGACCGGGCUUACCUUUGCCUAGUUUCUCUCCAUUACCACUCGUCUCUUACACCAGUGUACUGCUAGCAGCAGUCUGUGGAAACCCAGAAGUCUUGAGACUCAUCCAAGAUGGCUGAGGGCCAUAUACAGAAAGCCACAGUGCAAUAGUGUCAUUUUUACUAUAGCCUUCAGUGCUAUUUUGUGUGUUUUGCCAUGUUGCCAAAAGUAGUAUAAUCAUAUUAUCUACCAUGGAGUUUUUUGUUAAGAACUUGUUUUGCAGUAUGCAGUUUAAGACACGUAGUGUAAAUUGGAUGCUUUCACAAUACGGUGCAUUGUGGGAACAUUUGCAUCCAGUGUGCAAUUUGUAGAAUUACAUUU